UUUCGAAGAAGGAAGGGGAUAAGGGAGCCAGGUACAUUUACAGCUCCCAUGACCUUUGCCUUGAGAUUCGUGAUCUUCUCAAUCUCCUCCGCGAUCCCUCUGUUCCUUCCUCUCUCUCCUCUGAACCUUCCACACUUCAUCUUCCUCCUUAGCUUCUCUUACAAAUAUCUCUUUCCCUGCCGCCCCCUCUCCUGAAAAACCAAUGAAGACCAGCACUAACACCAAGCUCAUUCUCUUUCAUCCUUCUCUUCACAAACAAUCUUCUCCUUUAUUACUCCCUCCCCAUCGCCUCCGCCUUCUCUUAUUCUUUGUCUUCCUCACUUUCCUCUUCAUCCUCACCCUCCGCACCACCACCUUCACCCUCACCCAAUCCUCCGCCUCCGCCUCCGCCGCCUCUUCCUCCGCCGGUUCUCUUCCCCCCUCGGUUGCCAGAGCUCUCCUCCACUAUGCCGCCGCCUCCAACGACACUGCCAAAUCCAUGUCUGCCUCCGAGCUCUCCGCCAUCGCCGUCGCUCUGGUUCAAAACCCGAGACCUAAUUUUCUCAUCUUCGGCCUCACCCGCGAGUCCCUCCUCUGGUCCGCCCUCAACCACCACGGCCGCACGGUGUUCCUCGACGAGAACGAAUACGCCAUCUCCAAAUUUGAGCAGUCCAACCCCGGGAUUGAAGCAUACGACGUUCAGUUCACCACCAGGGUGAGCGAUUACCCUCAGCUUCUUUCUCUCGCUAAAACCCAGUCGAAAAGCGACUGCAGACCUGUGCAGAAUCUCCUGUUCUCGGAGUGCAGGCUCGGAAUCAACGAUUUGCCGAACCACAUAUACCAAAUACCGUGGGACGUGAUUCUGGUUGACGGCCCACGUGGGUAUUCGGCGGCGUCGCCGGGGAGGAUGUCGGCGAUUUUCACCGCGGCCGUUCUUGCGAGGAGCAAGAAAGGCAGCGUCGGGGGUAAGAGAGUGAGAACGCAUGUGUUCGUGCACGAUUUUUACAGAGAGGUGGAGAGGAUUUUCAGCGACGAGUUUCUGUGCCAAGAGAAUUUGGUGGGGACGGUGGAUAUGUUGGGGCAUUUUGUGGUGGAAGGUGGGAGCGAGAAUGAUAAUAGUUCUGGAUUUUGUAAAAAUUCGAGCUCUCCGGCUUCUUCAUCGUCAUUGCCGUCGGAAAGUGAAGAAGACGAUUAAGUUCUGAGAAUCUGUAAAAAUGAUGUUUUUUCCCUUCUCUCUUUUUUUUUUCUUGGCGCAAUUUUAUAACAAGGAAAAGAAGUGUAAUAUAAUUUGGAGUUGUCAUAGUGGUUUGCCCCUUC